UUUUUUGGACUAGGCUUGAUGAUGGACCAAUAAUAUCUGGGCACCGCAAAUUCCUCUAUCUUCCGGUGACGACCCUCUUUCUCUUCCGGAAGAUUCAGCGUGACCGACGUUUCGUGUCUGUAUAGACUUAAAAAUGCGUUACGUGUCCGCUUACCUACUGGCUGUGCUCGGUGGCAACACCAGCCCCUCCUCCAAGGAUAUCAAGACCAUUUUGGGGAGUGUAGGAAUCGAGGCCGAAGAUGUGCGCCUAGACAAGGUUGUCAAUGAAUUGAAUGGAAAAGACAUCAAUGAAGUCAUGAACUCUGGUCUCUCUAAAUUGGCCUCCGUGCCAGCAGGUGGUGCUGUGGCGGCUCCUGCUGCUGCUGGGUCUGCUGCAGCUGGAGUUUCUCCUACUGCUGCGGAAGAGAAAAAGGAGGAGAAAGAGGAAUCUGAAGAGGGAUCUGAUGAUGACAUGGGAUUUGGACUCUUUGAUUAAUCUUCCUUCCGUUAGAGGUUGAAAACCAAUAAUAAAAUGGAAAUGGUUAGAAGAAAGCCA